AUGAGCUCUCUAGCGGAUCAGAUUCAGGUCUGGCACCGGGGCGUACUGGCCGUGGCACGCGAAGACUGGGACUCUGCGCUGUGCUUCUUCUCAGAUGUCCGGGAGCCGCUCGCUAAGAUGUACUUCAACAUGGGCUGCGUGCACCUGAUGGCAGGGGAUCCCGAGGCUGCGCUGCGGGCAUUUGACCAAGCAGUAACCAAGGACACCUGCAUGGCUGUUGGCUUCCUCCAGCGGGGAGUGGCCAGUUUCCAGCUGCAGAGGUUCCAGGAGGCUGAGUCUGACUUCCAGCUGGCCCUGGCACAGCUGAGGGGCAAUGCUGUCAUUGACUACACACAACUGGGUCUGGAUUUCAAAUUGCAAGCCUGGGAGGUCCUAUACAACAUGGCGUCAGCACAGUGCCAGGCAGGGCUCUGGACCAAGGCUUCCAAUACUCUAGUGGAGGCAAUCUCCAAAUGGCCAGGGGUGGGCCAAGACAUCCUGGACAUUGCCAUGGACAAAGUGCAGAGACAGGUAUCCCUGCAGCUGCGGCAAGUGCCCAAGGGUGAGGUCUUCCAGCCUCCCAGGCGAUACUUAAAACAUCUGGAGCCUAUGGAUUUUCUUGGCAAGGCUAAGGUGGUGGCUUCUGUCAUCCCUGAUGACCGUAACAUGGACUUCCAGCCUCAACAGAGGUCCCAUGUGGAGCAAGCUGGUCACCAGUCAUCCUCAUCCGUGUGUGAGAGGGUCCUGAGCACUACAGGUAGUCAAUCAAGCCCUGGCCUAUGUGACAGUUUGCUGGCAUCUGGAGGGCCUGGACCAGGCUGCUCUGAAGACUCCUCGGGAGCUGAGGGAGCAUCUACAAAGGACCCUGAAUCCUUGGUGACUGUCACUGUGCAGUGUCACUUUACUGUGCCCCUGAAGGCCCCAAGAGGAACUGGCCUGUCCAGUUUUCGGACACUACUAGCUCAAGCCAUCCUUCACCAGACCCGGACAGGGCAGCUUAGUUACAAAGCCCCAGGAGAGGAGAGAUCCUGGACCCCCAUCUCCACGGAGGAGUCACUGCAGAGUGUAUGGAGGAAUGUGCCCGUGGGCCCAAGAGGGUUGCAGCUCCAGUGCCGGGGGGCCUGGGGACGGCCAGUGCUCUAUCAAGUAGUGGCUCAGUACGACUACCGUUCCCAAAGGCCAGAGGAUUUGGACUUCCACCAAGGGGACACGGUGGAUGUUCUGUGUGAAGUGGACGAAGCCUGGUUGGAGGGACACCGAGAUGGCUGUGUUGGCAUUUUUCCCAAGUGCUUUGUGGUCCCAGCUGACACCUGUGUGGAAGCCCUCCCUGUACCGGGACCUUAGCCAGGAGACC